CUUCGAAUAGAGUUUGUUGAUUAUUGGAAAGACUUUUACAUUGCAAGAAACAUGCGUCUUUUCUCCUUUUCCUCCUCUAUCCUCCAUCUUUUCUUACCAUAAAGCAAAUUUAUUUCUCAUGUUUUAAGAGAAAAACACAAAUUUAUUCGUCUAAAUCAUUAUAACACAUUAACACGUACUACGUUUAUCCUAAAAAGCAAAGACCAAAGGCUUGUUUUAUGUAAUUGGGAAAACGUACACUCAAUUUAUUAUUAAUUAUGGGCAAAAAACCUUUAAAACAACUGAUCUACUCUUCUUUUCUUCAUUGUGAAUUUGCAAAACGGCUAAAGCAUUUAAAAGAAAAGAAAAAAAAAAAACUCAAAUGGCUCCUUGGACCGACAUAUUGACAAAUGCUGCUAUUUUUGUGAUAAUCCAAGCUCUAGCGUUUCUGAUAAUCUUCACUUCUUCCGACAUAUUCUCCUCCAAGAUCAAGAUGAAGGCGAAGAAGAGAUCUUUUGGUUUCAAACUCUCUCGUUCCAUUUCGCAUUUAUUCGCUUUAACCUCCGAUGAUGUCUCUCGAGCUGACGAAGAAGAAGUAGCAGAAGAAGAAGCUUCCUUUCUCCUCUCCUCAAAUCUCAAUUGAUUUCUAUUACCAAGAACAUUGGUUUGUAUUUUCAGAAACUUGAGUUAUCCACAGAAAAAUCUUCGAAGUUUACUUUUCACAAUGUAUGGAUCAUGUCAAUUUAAAGAA